CUAAAAAACAGAAUAUAUGACUGAUGUGAUGUGAGAGGAACUCUGAAAGAACAAGCAAGACUUCAGCAAAGGUCAAAUGGAGAAGGCUUUUGUCUUGGUUUUACAUGUAGUCUUAUGGCCAACUCUUGCAGCCUUGUUCACAGUGGAGGUGGACAGUCUCUCACAUGUGGCGGAAUUCAACGGUGAUGUCACCAUGGGCUGCAGGUUCCAACCUGGGGGCUGGGACCCGAACCUGUCAGUGAUAUGGCAACGGGUCCAGCCUCUUCCAGAUGUAGAGGUGUACAAGCUGGAUAACGGACAGGAGGACCUCACUUCUCAGAAUCUCCAGUACCGCGGCAGGGCACGGUUGGUGUCGGAGGAGCUGACCAAUGGCUGGGCCAAGCUACAUGUGUCCAGGCUGAGGAUCAACGACUCUGGGGUGUACCGAUGUCUUGUGGAAAUGGGGGGAGCUGAUUAUAAACAGACCACUUUGACUGUCAAAGCUACCUAUAAGACUAUCAUUAAAAGCAUGCAGAGACGUGGGGGAGAUGAGGUGGAGCUGGCCUGUGAGUCUGAGGGCUAUCCUCUUGCCACAAUCAACUGGAGAGACAAGAGUCUCAGGAACAUCAAAUCCAACGACACCGUUGUGAAAACUCCAGACCAGCUUUUCCAUGUCACCAGCAAGAUAACGGUCAAAUACUCAGAGAAAAACAACUAUACAUGUGCCUUUGUGGAGAAAGGUGAAGCUCCAAAGGGUCCAUCAGCCAGGUUUGACAUCCCAGAUGAAAUACCUGUGAUUGAGAGUAAACCUAACACCCUUUCUAUUGUAUUGGGCACGACAUUGACGGUGGCUAUGAUCAUUGCAGCUACCAUCUUCGGGUAUCGCAGAAAGAAAGGGAGGCCCAGGACCAUCAAGCUCUAACACCCUCCUGGGCUCAACAGAGGUGUGACCUCUGACCUGCCUGGACCCCUUUCGGCAGCUCCAACUGGUCCUGGUGAUAGACUGUUUGUGACUGUCAGUGACCUGUACCAGGAGGCAACAGAGAAAGAGACUCCUCACUGAAACUGUAAACUCUGCCAGGAAAGGACUGAGAACACAAAAGACUCAUGGACAGACAUACACAUUGACUCUGUCAACGAAAAGUUUAAUUGUGCUACAUUUUCUGUUAACUAAAUGUGAUGCAUCCGGUUGGCAUUUCCACUCACUACCAAAUAUGUUAAUGAGAGGAAGCCCAGUUGCCGGCAGUGGGAGAAGAUGGAGCGAGAUGGAUUUUCGCCGACAUUGCUAAUUUUCUCAUCGAUUAAAAAGUUGAUCUCCAUACAGUUUUCUGUUUCCAAAACUAUAAUCUGUAAAAAAUAGAGUGGAUUGCAUUUUUUAGACUAACAUUUGCCAACGAUUUUUUUUUAAAUGGCGUUGUUUAGGAGUGCAAGGGUGAAUUGAGUACUUCACAGAGUAGGCGUUCCCUAAUGGAAAUAUGUAAAUAUAUGCUAUAAUGUGCCAAUAGGAUCUCACUAGCUCGCUCUUGGCACUGCCCACCUCCUUGCUUGUUCUGCCCAUUAUGAUUAAUUUGCUCCCAUUGGAAAGACAGGCUGUGGUCUAUCUUGGGUUAGUUAUAAACGUCUUUGUCUAGGCCUUCUCAUAAUGUCAUCAAAAAGCAUUGCUUCUCCUUCACAGAACUAGAAUGGUCCAUCUACAGAAAUUAUUAUGUCAGGUGCAUUAAAUAUGCACUAUGCCGAAAUCGCUCCACCAUUUCCUGGUUGCAAAAAUACUAAUAGUUCGCCUAAUUUCAGUUUAUGUGACAAAACAA